AUGCGCGGCGCAUUCUACGUAGCCACUGCUCUCCUCAUUGCAACCAACACCCGCACAAGUGCUGCAUCCGUCUUAAUUAAGUCUUUGAAUGUGCAAACUCAUGACGUGUUGCAAACUGGUGAGACGGAUGCCGAGACUUUGUCCAGACGGUCUCUUAAAGGGAGCGGUGAUCAAUUGGCAACCCCUGCGGCUGGUGAAGAACGCAUGAACCUUUCCGACAUUUUAAAGGAGGCAGGUGAAAGCGUCAUUGAGGAACUUUCGUCAUUAAACAAGGCUGAGAAAAACAGUAUCAAUUUGGAUGGGUUAAGUGACAUUAUUAUGAAAGGAGAAUAUUUAGGUUCUCCUGCCGCUCUAAGAGACCAAAAGCUCGAAAUCUUCCACAAAAAUUUCGCCAACGCUGUUGCAAGAAAUUACAGAUUCAUCAUAGAUUAUCAGAUUGCCUACAAAGCUUACGCUACUGCCCGCAGCAUAGCCAAUAAAGCUAACCAACGUCCCCGAGAUGAAUUACGUGAAAUAUCUAGAGUACUCAGCUUGGCCAAAAUGGCCUCUAGCACUUUAAAAGCUGACCAAGAAAACGAAAGGAUUUUAACUGAAAAAGCCGCCAUCUCUAUGACGGAAGCCAGCACUGCUCGCACCCGCGCCCAACAACAUCGCGAUGCUAUCAAAGCUGAAGAAGCCCUCCAUGAUUAUGAGACCUCCUACGUAGCUUAUGCCACACACCUUGCCAAAGAAGCUUUCAGUAGAAAUCUAGUCCGGUACUUCCAGUCGGGAAUUAAUCUAAUCUCAGAUGAAUUGAAUCGAGUCGAAGCCAAAGCUGAAAGUGCUCGCGUCACUGCAAAGGCUCACGAAACUAUUGUUGUCAAAGCUUUACAAGACGCUCAAGUCGCCUUGGCUUCAAUUACUGCUCAAUAUAAGAAGACUACUCGCGCCUACCAAGAGCUUGCAGCUGCCCAAGCCGCCCUAGCUCCUAGUACCGCCCAAUCCAAGAAAAGCAUUCAUGCCACCAAAGAGCUUCAAGGCGCUCAAGCUGCCCAGGAUCCGACGACCUUUCGCGUCUACGAAGAUCUUACAGCCGCGCAAGCUACCCUAGCUCCUAUAGCCGCCCAAUUCGAGAAAAGCAUUCCCGCCACCGACGAGCUCAAAGGCGCUCAAGCUGCCGAAGCUGCUCAGCUCAUUUUAACACCUAUAGAGCUGGACGCGAGCGUAUUCAAGCUAGACUUGUUGAUGAACCACAAAGAGAAAAGUGUAACCGAACCGCUGGACAACAAUCAUGAAGGUGAACUUAAAAUUGCUAGCAAUAUUCAUGCUGCAAUCGAAAAAGCUGCAAAAAAUGCCCAUUCUGACAAUAUCUGGAAGCUUCUCGAAGGUCUAACGUUCGACCAGACAGUUCAGUUAUUGAAAAUUUUUAGGGAAGAGCAUGAUACCAUUCCUAGAUCAAGUGCUCCCAAGAAAACGAUUUUCGACAAUCCGUGGCAAACACUUUGGUACUUGAUUUUUCGCAAGUAUUGUGAAAAACAUAGUGAUAUCGUCUCCAAAUCGAAUUAG